CCUUUGACAUGAUGGCUACCACUUUGGAGGAAAUACAAAGUGUUGAAAAUAGAGAUCCUGGGUCCCCUAAGCUCACUAGGGACGCAGUUUCUGAUGUAGAGGAGCAUGAGGCGAGUGGUGUCCCCCUAAACACACUUUGGACGUUCUGGCUGGACAAAUCUGUGAGAGGAACAACAGCUGCAGAGUAUGAGUCUAUGUUACGUAAAAUAUACACUGUAAAAACUGUUCAGGGAUUCUGGCGUGUUUACAACAAUAUCCCAGAUGUUGCAGAGCUGAAUACUCGCUAUAGUUACCACUUAAUGCGGGAGCACAGGAGGCCUGUAUGGGAGGAUGAGAAAAACUGUAAAGGUGGAAACUGGAGAUUAAAAUGUCACAAACAAGAUACAUCCACAGUGUGGAAGGAACUCCUCCUUGCUUGUAUUGGAGAACAACUGUCUGAUUUCACGGCUGAAGGAGAUGAGGUAGGAGGUCUUAGUGUCAGUAUAAGAGAGAGGGAUGACGUUGUACAAAUUUGGAACCAGAGGUCUGACCUAGCUGAAAAAGCCACAAUAGUAGAAAAAGUCAAAACCUUAUUACCUAAUAUUGAAUUUUCUGCUAUAUUUUAUAAAGCAUUUACAACACAUGAAGCAUUUGAAGGUGCUAAGAAAUUAUGAUUUCUCAAAGCUGAUAGUUUUAUAAGAAAAGACACCAGAGGCUUAUUCAGUAGUAUUGAAUCCAAGAAUGGAGUUGUGUGAAAUGCUAAUCUUGCUUUGUGGAGAGUUUAUGGGGAAGUUUACAUGCUGACCCAUUUCCUAUAACUUCCCCAUAACCCACUUCCCUUAGAGGAGACAAUCAGCAAGCUGUACCCUGGUAACCAUAGUGAUGGUUACCAUGGUGAACAAGAUGGUUACCACAGUUACCAAGGUGGUUGCCAAUGAAUAGUUGCUGAAAUGUUAGCAAGGAUGAACAUAUUAGUUCAUAUUGGAGACAUGCCAUAUAUGUACAUGUAGGUGUGGAGACUUCAUGGAGCUUUAUGUAUUAUUAGUCAAAGAAAAGUAUUUUAUGUUUUUAUGGUAAAUGACAGAUACGUGUUGACACUGAUGAUAUAUACAUGUACUUCCUCCUUAGCAGGUAUCCAGAAUCCGUACAUCCUUCUUCCCCUGCUAUAACCAAUUUGGAAGCGCCCGAUUAAACUGAAU